ACAAAAAUAUCCUCACUUCUUGAACAAAGCUAAAGAGGAACAAGAGGAUAUAGUAAAGAGAAGAUCAUCUUCAAAUGAAGGCCUUAAUUUCCAUGAGAUUAAACAGAUGAAGUAUCUUAGUAACGUAAUUAAUGAAUCGUUACGUAUUGCUAUGGCCAAAACAAUAUUCUUUAGAGAGGCAAGAACUACUAUUAACAUAAACGGGUAUACCAUACCCAAGGGGUGGAAGUUUUUGACAUUUUCAUGGAAUUAUCAUUUGGAUCCUCAUACUUAUGUGAGACCUAAGGAAUUUAAUCCUUCAAGAUGGGAUGAUCUUGAACCCAAGCCAGCCUCCUUUCUUCCCUUCGGAGUUGGCCCCAAAAUGUGUCCAGGAGCCAAUUUGGCCAGGCUUGAGGUUUCAGUAAUUCUUCAUUACUUUCUUCUUUACUAUAGGUAUUCAUCCUUCAUCACCUAA